AUGGGCGACGACCGCUCAAUCCCAAUCAAGGCGGCAUCCUCAAGCCGCGACUUCGUCUCGCAGCUCAGCUCCUCUUUCCGCUCAGGAACACCAACCGCCCAAGAACUCCUAGCCAGGGAUCUGGCAGAGUGCUCAGACGAAGAAUAUGUCGACGAGAACGAGGAUGCUGUCGGCUCCGCUUCAGAGUCCGACGAGCAGGAAGGGCCUCUGUUUUACCGGCGGCCCAGCGGUGUCGCCUUUGGCACAUCGCGCCCGGUCAUGAACCCGCAGACUGUCGACUUGGAGGAGCCGCCAUUCCUGACCCGCGUCGAGAAGAAGCAGUCACGCGACGCUGAGAGGAGUCUACUCCGCGACAACCACGUUCUCCCGCCAAAACACCCCCGACCACCACAUGAGCCUUUCUACCGCCGCGCAUAUCGUCGUCUCUUCAGCACUAAGGUCCCGCUUGAGCCUCACGACGAGGAAGCCCCGCAGAUUGUCGUCCGUCGUCCGACCGAGUCAACUCCCCUGCUGGCCGGUACCACCCCCGCGCCCGGGGCCCCGGAGGACGGCCACGAGCACCUCAACGAGCAAUGGGAAGCUGCCGUCGCGACGGGCCACCUGCGGACGACAUGGCAGCGCGAGUCCAAGACUAUAGUUCAGUAUGCGGCUCCCCUAGUUGUUACGUUCAUGUUGCAGUACUCUAUCAACGUCGUGUCCAUCUUCACCGUUGGUCGCAUCGGCAAGAUGGAGCUCGGCGCCGUCAGUCUGGCGUCCAUGACCGCGACCAUUACCUGCUAUGCCCCCUUCCAGGGUCUCGCAACCAGUCUCGAUACUCUCUGCGCCCAGGCGUACGGCUCUGGGCAUCGUCACUUGGUCGGUCUGCAGCUGCAGCGCAUGACGUACUUUCUGCUCAUGUGCUUCCUGCCGCUGGCCGUGUUGUGGUUCUUCGGAGACGCAGUUCUAGGCGCCAUCAUCCCGGAGCCUGAAUCCGCGCGGCUCGCGGGCAUUUACCUGCGCGUGCUGAUUCUGGGCGGUCCAGCUUUCGUUUGCUUCGAAGGCGGGAAGCGGUUCGUGCAGGCGCAGGGCCUGUUUCAGGCAACGACGUGGGUGCUCCUGAUUGCGGCGCCCAUCAAUGUCUUUGUCAACUGGUUUCUGGUCUGGCAUCUCAACUGGGGCUACAUUGGCGCGCCCGUCGCCGUCGUCUUCACCCAGAAUCUGCUUCCGCUGCUGCUGUUCCUCUACGUGCGCUUCGUCAACGGCUCUCAAUGUUGGGGCGGUUUCAGCAGUCGCGCCCUGUCCAACUGGGGACCCAUGCUGCGCCUGGCGCUGCCUGGUAUGAUCAUGAUCGAGGCCGAGUACAUGGCGUUCGAGGUCCUGACGCUGUUCUCGAGCCAUUUUGGAGCAGAGUACCUGGCGGCGCAGAGCAUCGUGCUCACACUGACGGCCAUCACGUACCAGAUCCCAUUCCCCGUCAGCAUCGCCGCGUCCACCAGAAUUGCCAACCUCAUCGGUGCAGGGUUGGUGGAUGCGGCAAAGACUACCGCCAGAGUGGCAUUCGCCGCAGCUCUCAUCGUGGGCCUGUUCAACUUCACGGUGUUCAGCAGCCUGCGUUUCCAGGUGCCCAAGCUCUUCACGAGCGACGAGGAGGUCAUCGCCAUCGUGGCGGACGUGCUGCCGCUGUGCGCGCUGAUGCAGGUCUUUGACGGCCUCACCGCGGGUGCUCACGGGCUGUUGCGCGGCAUCGGGCGGCCCGCUAUUGGCGGGUACACCAACCUGGUCGUGUACUAUCUCAUUGCGCUGCCGGUGUCUUUCGGGACCGGGUUCGGGCUCGACUGGAAGCUCAAGGGGUUGUGGACCGGCGUCACGGGCGGUCUUGCGCUUGUCUCUGUGAUUGAGUACGCUUUCGUCGUCCUCUUUGACUGGAACCAGGCGGCGAGGGAAGCGGAGUCGAGGAACAGCGCCCAGUGA